GGUUUGUCUACGAAGAGUGCAAGGUUGAAAUUGAUUUUCGAUUGUAGGCUCUUGCGUUCCGGCUUUUCGUCGGCACUAUUGCAGAACAUUUUGAUAAAUAAAUUAAUUCUGUCUGAAUUUUUCAUCAAUUUCUUUUCCUUUCGAUCAUGUUAUUCUAUUCGUUUUUCAAAUCAUUGGUGGGUAAGGAUGUCGUAGUGGAGCUGAAAAAUGAUCUCAGUAUUUGUGGAACAUUACACUCGGUUGAUCAAUAUUUAAAUAUCAAACUCACAGAUAUAAGUGUCACAGAUCCAGACAAAUAUCCUCAUAUGUUGUCAGUUAAAAAUUGUUUUAUAAGAGGAUCGGUUGUCAGAUAUGUUCAGUUACCUGGGGAUGAAGUUGAUACACAGCUUUUACAAGAUGCGGCAAGAAAAGAAGCAGCGGCACAAACUCGAUAGUAUACUGCUAUAAUUUUUUGUUUAUUACUUAAGUUAAAUAAUUUUGAUAUAAUACAUUAAAUUAAAGAACUAUUUUUUGUAACUUCUUUCGUCAUUCUGAAAUUCCAACUUCGUAUUAUAUACUACAGCGAGCAUCAAUAAAGUAACUUAUUUUAUACA